CGGGGCGGGGACAGAGCUGCGCUCGCGGAAGAGAGCGCGAGAGCUGGGCUGUGGUUGCUAAGACAUUUGUAAACUGAGGGAGACUCCUGUCUUGCCAGAUUGGGAUCUCUCUGCUGUCUGGCACGCCGAGUUUCCUAAGGCCUGAAGUCAUGGCCCGAGGUGUCCUGUGGCUGGGGCUUGUCCUGCUGGCAACUCUGCAGGUCCAAGUCUCCUCCAGAAGUCGGAUCCCAGCCCCGGCUCUGGACACGAUCCCUCUGCAGGCUGACUUCCAGGAUAAGCAGUUCCAGGGAAGAUGGUACGUCAUAGCCAUAGCAGGGAAUUCAAUUAAUAAACGAAGACAAGGGCCGGUGAAGAUGUACUCCUCCACAUACCGACUGUUGGACAACACCACCUUCAGCGUCACCUCCCUCCUGGUCAGGAACGGGCUCUGUGACCGCUUGACGAGAACUUUUGUCCAAAGUUCCACGCCCGGCCAGUUCACCCUGGGCAACAUAAACCGUUACAAAGGAAUCCAGAACUACACAGUGCGGGUCGUGUCCAGCAGCUACGACGAGUUUGCCAUCCUGUUCUUUAAGAAAGUCUUCAAAAACCGGGAGUACUUCAAGAUGACCCUCUAUGGAAGGAGCAAGAUGGUGCCCGAUGAUCUGAAGGGGUACUUCGUCCUCUUUGUCAAAUCCCUGGGCCUCACCGAUAACAACAUCCUCUUCUUUGUUCCCACUGGCCAGUGCAUCGAUGAUGAUUGAACAAGCACGCUGUGCCCCCUGUCUCUCUCCACCCCAUCACCCUCACACCUACCUCUGCCCAGGGCACCGCCCAGCUGUCCCCUCCAACCCGGACACCAGGAGAGAGGAGAAUCUUCUCACCGCACAGCCCACCAGCUGCUCCCCAGGCUGCCCUUCUGAUGGAACCCCUCCUUGCUUGCUAAAUAAACACAUGC